AUGGCGGCCAACCGUUCGCUCUCGCACGCAGUGCGACCCCUCGCACAUACACCCUCGGCAUCCACAUCCAAGCAGGCGCUCUUGAGAGCUACUCGACCGGCGCAUGCACGCGCUGCGUCGACCGCCGUCGCUGCCGCAGCACCAGCCACUGAAGCAGCAGCCGUCUCGUCGACGAGCUACGUACACGACCCAACACCCAAUGCGCACCUGCCGCGUCUCGCACGAGCCGAACCCGAGCUGUUUGCUGCCGUGCGUCCGCCGCCGCUCUCUGCAUUUGCUGCGCUGACGGCGAGAUUGGGCCUGCUCCCGUCGUCGCUCGACGCCGAAUCCCGCGAGCGCCGCAUCCGCCUCGUGCACCAGGCGUGCACCCACCCCUCGUUCCAGGCGCUCGUCGACAAGAUCAACGCCGCGGCGAAUCUGCAGCUCGAGCCCUCGGCGGCUGCGUCUGGCCUGGCCAAGAAGCACGGCGCGACUGCGCUCGACGCGGCGCAGUUCCUUCCCCUCCCCUCGGGCGCUGUGGAUCACCACGCUGCGCUGGCCACCGUCGGCAACUCGCUGCUCGGCAUGCUUGCCACCGAGCACCUGCAUCUGCGCUUCCCCAACCUGCCCACACGCGUGCUCAAGGCGGCCGUCUCGGCGUACGUCGGCCCCAUCACGCUCGCCGAUGUCGCCGCCGAACUCGGCCUCGCGGGUCAAGGCAUCCUGCGCUGGAACAAGGAGGCACGCAUCCCCACAUCGACCAACCUCGUGCACAAGCGCAACGGACGCGGUGCCGCACCCAAGCGCUCUGCCUCGUCGGAUGCGUCGUCAUCGUCAGGCCCCAUGCGCUCGCUGCUGAGCAAGGACGUUGCGGCCGAUGCGAUGCGCGCGCUCGUCGCCGUCGUCUUUCAGGAACACGGCCUGGCGGGCGCACGCACGUUUGUCACCAACCACUUUCUGCACCGCCAGCUCAACCUCGCCCCCUUGCUCAAGUUCAACAAUCCCAAGCUGGCGCUCGCCUCGACGUGCGCAAAGUACAACAAGCCGGCGCCACAGAGUCGCAUGAUCGCCGAGAGCGGCAGGCUGAGCAUCAGCCCCGUCUUUGUCGUCGGCGUCUACUCGGGCGCAACCAAGAUCGGCGAGGCAAGCGGAAGUUCGAUCCGCAUGGCCGAGUUUAGGGCCGCAGAGGACGCGCUGAGGAGGCUCUAUCUGGCAGAGACGCCGCUGGGCGACUUUGACCUGCCAAGCGUUACCCUCGAUGCUUCCUUCCCCGGACUCACACCGUCAGCCGCACAAGCGUCCUACAACCCACAGCCACUUGGCCAGGCAGAAGUUCUUCCUGCUGCUGGAAAGAACCAUUAG